AUGGGAUCAAUAAGCGAUUCAGAAGAGCAGUUCACGUUUGAUCCGGAGUACUCUCCACCAAAUACUGUGGACGUGGGAACUCAUCAAGUUAUGGCUACUCUUGCUGCAUUGGAGGAGGUUGAUGAUCAGCUCGAUGAAGAUGGUGAAAGUGGUGUUGUUAGAAAGAAGCAAGGAAAGAAAAGAAAGCUUAUCAAUCUUGCGGAUGAUACUGACAAUUCUGAUGUUGAAAUCACUCCACCAACCCAAACAACCAAACCUCGCAGAAAGACCAGUUAUGGAACAGCUUCUAGAAAACCUAUGUUCCAAUCCACUUUAGAUGGAGGCAUUGGCUCGUCCGCACAGGCGUGUAGUAAGGAGAAGUCUGUGCCUAUGAAAUCUGUGAUUCGUGGUGGAAGAAGAAAGCCAGUGCCUAACUCACAAAAGAAGAGGAAGAAUAAGAAAAAGAUUGAGGAGAUACCGGAUUUUGACGAUGAACUAGAAGAAGAUGAGUUGGACGAGGCUGAAAACGGUUUGGAGGAUAUGGAGAAUAGGCAAAGAUCAGACGUGUGGAAGGAUUUCACGGUGGUUGAAAACCCCAAUGGAGAUUUGAAAGCUGUGUGCAAUCAUUGCAAGCAUGAGUAUGUAUGGUAUUCUCACUCGCAUGGAACAAGUGGGUUGAGAAGGCAUCGGUUGAGAUGUAAAAUGUAUCCAAGGAAUACUGGAAGGCAGCAACAACUCAAUACAGAGGGGAAAGUAGUAUCUCGCAAGUAUGAUCAUACUGUGUUUAGGCAUAUGGUAGCUAAGACAAUUGUCCAGCAUGAUCUACCUUACUCGUACGUGGAGUAUCAAAAAGUUAGAGAUACAUGGACGUAUUUGAAUGUUGAUGUCCAAACCAUUUGUCGAAACACAGCAAGAGCAGAUGUGUAUCGAUUAUAUGAAAGUGAGAGAGACACACUCAAGAGGGAAUUAGGGAGUCUUCCUGGACGAGUGUCCUUCACAUCUGACUUGUGGACAUCGGUGAAACGAGAAGGAUACAUGUGUGUGACAGCACAUUACAUUGAUCGGAAUUGGAAGUUGAACAGCAAGAUCCUGACGUUCUGCGCUCUACCACCACCACAUACCGGUAUGAAUGUUGCACUUCAGCUCCUUGAAUCAUUGAAAGAGUGGGGAAUUGAAAAAAGAUGUGCAGCUCACAUACUUAACCUCAUAGUGCAAGAUGGGUUGAAGGUUAUUGGAGACUCUUUGCAGAAAGUAAGAGAUAGUGUUAAGUAUGUAUUAGGAUCGGAAACACGUGAACAAUUGUUCCAAAAAUGUGUGGAUGCUGCGGGUGUAGUAGAAAGUGGAUGGCUAAUACUAGACGUGCCGACUAGAUGGAACUCAACUUACUAUAUGCUUGAAAGAGCCAUCAAGUACCGUAAAGCAUUUGUUAAGUUGGAGACGUUUGAUAAGAAGGGUUAUAAAACAGCGCCCACAGCCGAGGAAUGGACUAGAGCAGAUAACAUCUGCAAUUUUUUUGGUCCUUUUGCUGUGAUCACAAGCUUGAUGUUUGGUUCGAGUUACCCGACUGCAAACCUGUAUUUCUAUCAGGUUUGGUUGAUCCAUGAUUGGCUUCGGAGAAAUGAGGAAAGCGACGAUGAGAUUGUCAGACACAUGGUGCCACCGAUGAAGGAGAAGUUUGACAAAUAUUGGGAUGAAGUUAGUGGUGUUUUUGCAAUGGCACCAGUCUUUGAUCCACGGUUUAAGCUUUCAAUUGUCAAAUGUUGUUUAGGGAAGCUUGACAUGAGUACACGUGAUGCAAAGGUGAAAAACUUGCGUGAGAAGCUCAGUAUUCUGUUUGAGACAUACGACAAAAAAUUGAAGAAUAACUCACCUUCUACUGAGCCACGUGAGACUGUCCCGCAAAAAGCCUGUGCAACAGGAUCAAUGAGACUGUUUGGGAACUACAAUGAUUUCUUUGCAUUUUGCAAAGUCAGUGGCAUUGUGAGUGGAAAGACACCUCUAAAAGCGUAUCUUGAAGAACCACCUUUGGACAUUACUAAUUUCCAGAGCUUGGACAUCCUCGAUUGGUGGAAAGAUAAUGCACAUCGGCAUGGUGACUUGGCUGCAAUGGCAUGUGAUCUUCUAAGUAUUCCAAUCACAACAGUGGCUUCGGAGUCCUCUUUCAGUAUUGCAUCGUGA